AUGCCAUUCCCAUUUGCAGAAUUAUGCAACUUGCUUUCGCGCCUCGAGGACAUUGAGACGCACCAUCCACCGCUGCUCCCCAAGGAAAGGCCGCCGCGACGGCGAGAUGUGGUCGAGAGAUGGUUCAAGUCCCAUCUACGACAAGUGAACGAGCUCAGCGUCGAAGGAUUGACGGCUCUGCUCUCGGCAGUACUCCCACAUUGGCGCAAUGAGCGUGUCUACGGCAUACAGGCCCCGAGUCUGUGCCGCAUCCUUGGCCGUGUUCUACGCUUGAAUGUAUCCGAGCUUCAGAUUUACCAAAAACCAGGCAAUGGCGAUCUUGCAGAAUGUCUCAUGCGAGUUCUUGAACGACGCGGUCCUGCUGCCAUUCCGCCUGUGACGCUUGAGGAAGUCGAUGAUAUGCUGCAAACUCUCGCAGGCAAUUGUCACUGGUCUGAUCCGUCUGUGCCGAGAUUACCUCCAGGCUCAUCAGAGAUGCGCGACCAGACAAUCGAGCGGAUACUUCUUCGCCUCAGUCCUAACGAAGGCAAGUGGCUCGUCCGAUUGAUUCUCAAAGACCUCCGUCCGAUUCACGUGGAAGACAGCCUCCUGCUCAAGAACUUUCACUUUCUUCUGCCGGAUCUUCUCCGCUUCCAUCAGAACUUCCAUGCUGCAGUAUCUAUGCUUCGGAAUGAGCUACGAGAACUGCCUGGUCGACCUGAUCCUCGAACUGAACAAGCCUAUCGCACAACAGCGGCCGAGAAACUUCGACCUGUUGUAGGCACGAAGAUCAGUCGACCACAUUUCCACAAGGCCCAAAGCAUUGACUAUUGCUUGAAAAUGCUUGGCGGCAGGGAGUGGGUGGUUGAACGUAAAUACGAUGGUGAGUAUUGUGAGAUUCACGUCGAUCUUGGAAAAUCAUCCGAUCCAGCCAAAUGCAUCAAGAUCUUCUCCAAGAGCGGCAAAGACUCUACACACGAUCGAAAAGGGAUCAUAGAGACCCUCGUCCAGUCUUUGCGGCUUGGUCGGAAGGACUGCAAAAUCAAAAGACAAGCCAUUCUGCUCGGAGAACUGGUGGUCUUUUCUGACCAAGAAGAUCAAAUCAUGCCCUUCGACGAGAUUCGCAAGCACGUUGCAAGAUCUGGCAGAUAUCUUGGCACCGAACAGGACUCACUUCCGAAAGGCCACGAGCAUCUGGCACUUGUAUACUUUGACGUGCUAUUGUGGGAUGACGAGAUCGUAUUGAGAAGGUCCGUACAUGAAAGACGCAUGUGGCUGCGCGAGAUCUAUAAGAAGAUCCACGGAAGAGCUAUAGGCGCAGAGUGGAAGACCAUAGACUUCUCGAGUGAUCAAGCAAGACGAUGCUUGGCCGAGCAAUUCUCUGCAGCGAAUGCACGCCGUUGCGAAGGUCUGGUCCUGAAGCCAUGUGGUGUUCCUUAUUUCUCUUUAGUUAUGCAACCGGCAGACUAUAGAUGCAGCUACAUUAAGCUCAAGAAAGACUACAUAGCCGGGCUGGGCGAUGAAGAAGACAUGGCGGUGAUAGGUGCGAGUUUCGAUGCCCAGCUUGCACACACAGCACCAUCCAAAGGCUACAUCAAGUGGACGACAUUUCACCUUGGCUGCCUCACCAACAAGGCUGAAGUUGAGCAGCAUCAAGCCCGUCCGGUCUUCAAACAUGUUGGUGCGAUCGAUCAUGAGAAGUGUAUACCAAAGGCGGUUUUAGAGACAGCAAAUAUCCUUGGCAACUUGUCAGCGCAGCCAUAUUCUACAAAUCAAGCCCCCAGAGCGUUCGAUCUCGAAGCUGCGCGAGGAACAAAGAUGCAGGUUGUGUUCGACCAGCCUUUUGUGUUUGAGGUCUUAGGGUCAGGAUAUGAGAAGCCGUCAGAUUGCAACUUCUUGAUGCUCCGGCAUCCGAGGGUCAAGAAACUGCAUGAAGAUCGCACUUGGCUAGAUUGCGUCUCCUUCCGGGAAUUGCAGGACCAUGCCAAGGCUGCUAGAGAGCUGCCACCACAUUCUGAAUCACAAGAAACGAGAAUUUGGCUGGACAAAUUGGAG